AUGAAGGUCAAAGAGCUGUUGCAUGCGGCAUACUUGCUCGGCUGUUGGUCGGCUGUGGAGCGUCUAUGUAUCAACUUUUGCCAGGCGAAUGGACUAAAGACAGAGUGGAUUCGGGAACUGAAGGCGAAGGGGGGUAGGCAGAGUGUUACCCUGGCUAAUCUUCAGAACUACAGAAAGCGUUUCCGCGACAGUGAAAAGAGGCGAGGGCAGCAACCGCCUGAACUCCCCCCAUCCUGGUUGUGCUCACCGCUUGAAGAGAAAGACCGUGGAGCUGUAGCUCAUUUCGGCAUUCCAGGCACACAUCUAAGGGUCCAAAACGCCCGUAAAAAAGAGAAACCGCCUUCGUGCCGAUCAGACGCAUCGACAGCAGUGAACGUACCAGGAGUUCGAAGCCAAGCAACUGUGCAUACACAGGCUAAAGCUGUAUCACCAGCUUUUCAUUCGACGGGCCUCUCCGUGGGGGGGCAACGUGCUGAGCCUGUCGGAGCGCUGGCUGACGCAUGCGAUCAGUAUGUGGACCCACAACAUGCAUUCCUUAUUCGUGGAUACCAGCGGUCGCCUACUCCACGUGGGCGUCCUCUGGUAGACACGGACGGGUCAACAAGCGCUUCUCACAUGCCUCCACCUGUUGAAUACGAUUGUUUAGGAGGGGUGCGCAGACAACGCACAAAGAAACGGGGCAGCCGAGCGAGAAUAUCCGCUCCCACGCGAGGGAAGAGAAAACGUGGAGAGACGAAUGCGCUUCUUCGUCAAAUGCAUAUGCCUGAUAUUCCGCUCUCAAACGCUGACAACCCACCACUCCUUGCUGAGGAUCCGCAAGCGCCUGCACACGCCCAUCAACAGCUCUGUUACUUUGUCCCCCCUUCUGCGCCUGCCGAGCAGAUAAUGCCCGUUCAAGUUACUGGUGACAUGUGUAGGCUCUCAUCGUCAUUUGACGCCCUUCCGCGGAGUCUUGAUCAAACAGCAGACACGUUGUCUUCGGGAACGCUUCACUGGCCUGCUCACAACACUUGCGCCCCCACCUCGCCAUUUCCUUUCCAUCCUUACGGGGCAAGCGGAAGACUUCCUGUAUCUUCAGACAAGGCUAUCCGUGAUCCCUAUCCUCCGCCAUGUCUCUCAGUAAAACCUCCGAACUCGGCAGAUGCCUUUAUCACUCUAGGUGAAAACCGCUCGCUCGAGCCCGGAAACACCGUUCUGCCUUCACAGGCUGCGCGCGCGGCUCCGGCAGUUCCGACACCUUUGACCGUCGUCCCUCCGCAAGGGAAACGGGCUCAUGCGGAACCCAGUUCAUGCCAGAGCUCCCCCCGCGAGCGAUCGUGUUCAACAGACAGCUGGCGGACAGAAUCGUUGUACAGUCACAGUUCGAAAAGCAGCAGUGACAGCACGAGUACCACAAGUACCAGCUCCGAGGAAGGAGAGUUGAGCUCGCCCUGCUCGACUGAAAGCUGGAAAACACUAUACAGAAAACGACGAAUGGCUCGUCAGGUCAACUUUGCGGGGAAGAAGCCGCGGCAUUCGAAAAUACCGGUUGAUGAACCCGCGUCUACUAGAACGGAGGUGUCCCUGGGUCCCGCGUUGUCUCCAAUGAGCAGUACCAUCGCCGCAGGACGGUGGCAGAGACCUACCAGCUGCUCGGCGGUCUUCAAUCAGGCAGACCCUAAGGCGGCAGCUGUGGUAUCGUGCCCAUUUACUGCCCAGGCAGACUGCCCGAAUGAUACCGGCGCCCCGAGAGAUCCGGGGUGGACACAUAACGCUCUUCCUGCUCUUGCAGGCGAUUCGCAGCUGGCAUACGAUGACAAACGCCAAAGCUGUUUCUACUCAUUGCCGACGCUUACCCCUGUAAGAAUGCCGCCAUCGCUUGAGCGUCAGUCGCCAGGCGGAGAUGUAAUCGGCGCGCCGUUUCCACCUAGGAACUCGCAGUGCCCAUCCAGUGAUCCUUCAGUACCCACAGUGGUGUCUGGUGAAGGAGCACAGACGUCGUCAUCUCCGGUGGAAGCGCGGUCGACAGUCGCUGACAAUGGAACUUGCGAAGCAAAGAGGAGACUCCGCGCCGUAUCCGGUGAGAGACAAACUUCCAGCGUGUUCGCUGAUGCGUCACACGGCGAUACACAAGUGAGUCAACCGGAUCCCCUGCACGUCCAACGUUGUCUCCCGUCCUACUCCGCAGUGCACCCGCCAGCCAAGGGCCCGCCGUCCACCAGUCGAGAAAAUGACCGUGUGGGACAAUCAGGCUUCUCCGCGGCUCUCCGCCCGCCUCCGCUGCUGAAUACACGGCCCCACAGCGCAGAAGGCAGGAAUAUUCAGCAGCCUGAGUUGUGUACGACGGAACGACCUGUUCCUUCAAAAAUGGAUAUGGGCAGCGAGGAGGAAAGCGCCCGCAGACUCGACUACGCCAGACCUGGGUUCCACAUACAUAGCGUGACCUGCGACAGUGCGCUCGGCCAACACUUUUCCGAAGCAAAUCCACUUUUCCGCCGGCACUCUCGUCACACGUUUGAUUGUGAGAGUACGAGGCCCGCUACAGAGUACUCCAGCUUGCCACAGACUGGAGCAGCCGGACCAGGGCGUCCAAGGGCCGAAAAAUACUACGGAACGGACAUGCCUGUCGUCACGUCCGUCGCUGAGUGCAAGAGUGGGAGCUGCUCCGGAGUUCAAACGAAAGAGAUGUGGAAACUCGCAUUAGCGGACAGCUUCCAACGCGCAAAUGGUAGUGAUGGCAACUACACUUCGCUAACACCUGAAAAAACAAGUUAUCACCUUUGCCUUAUGCCGCCGCCACAUCCGCCGUUGCCCGAUCUGGCUCAGAUGACUGAGGAGCGGUCUCCAACGUCCUCCACCCCUGACGCGACACCUGUAUCUGUACUGCGAGGGCAGAGAGCUCCAGCUAAUGUUCUGUCUGACGCAGGCCCCAAUGUAGCGGAGAAGGUAGUAAACUGCGUAGGCGCAGCGACCGAGGCGGAGUAUUCAGGCAUGACUGAGGGAACGACACAGGUUUCAAUUGCAUCAACUCGAUGCACCCCAAACACGAGGGAAGCGAGGGGAAGGGCUUUGGCGCACACCGGCUGCCGCGAAAGUAGCUCUUUUUCUUGCGAGCCGAAACCGCUUGCAUGUGGAUGGAAGGGCGUCCCCUCUACGAACCCUUCGGCAAACGUCGCUGCAAACGCUGGACCAGCGUUACAAGGGGAACAACUAGGAAAAGGUCUUCUCGUGAGAGAGCCUAUUAGGGAGUUUAGCGGCCGCCACAUUUCCGGAAAUGGCGGCCUUCUCGAAACAAGGUACCAGUUCUGCUGUGGGGACCCUGACCAACCAGCGACCGUGCGCUUGACUGUGCGAAGCCCGUUCACAUAA